CAAAACAUAGAAAAAUAAGAAGAAGAGACAAUUUUUGGUUAUAUCGUGAAAUGAAAGAUUAUGUUCAUAAACAAUAACUUUUUUGACCUUAAAAGAGUUGUUAACGAUAUUCAUAAAACCAAAUAAAGAUUAAAAAAUAUGUCAUCUAAAAAGGGUAACAUCUUACUUUAUAAGGGAAGUAAUUUUCUGAGGCAAAGACUGAUUUUGUCUGUGUUAAGUGGUAAACCAGUUUAUAUAUCUGAAAUAAGAACCUUGAAAGAUGAACCGGGCCUGAAAGAAUAUGAAAUUAGUUUGAUCAGACUAUUGGACAAGAUAACGAAUGGAACUGUGGUGGAACUUAACGAAACUGGCACAACCGCUUACUUUCAACCAGGUUUAUUAUAUGGAGGUGCUGUAGAACAUGAUUGCUCUUUGCAAAGAGGAGUAGGAUAUUAUUUAGAAGCAUUGGUUAUGCUAGGUUUAUUCUGCAAACAACCUUUAGUUGCUACAUUGAGGGGCAUUACUUCUAACAAUAUAGACCCUUCUGUUGAUGCCAUAAAAUCAUCUAUGCUCAAUACGGUCAGGAAAUUCAUACUGGAUGAUGAAGAUUUGGAUUUGAAGAUCAACCGAAGAGGAUUGAUGCCUCUGGGUGGAGGGGAAGUAAUUUUUAAAUGUCCAAUACGAAAACAGACUCGGCCUGCGCAACUGUUGGAUUGUGGUAUGAUUAAAAGAAUUCGGGGAACUUCAUAUGCCCUAAGAGUCUCUCCAGCUAUUUCCAAUAGGAUGGUAGAUAAAGCAAAAGGGGUCCUACUGAACUUCAUACCAGAUGUUUAUAUAAAUACAGAUCAGUGUAGAGGUAAACAGUCAGGAAAAAGCCCAGGCUUCGGUAUUCAUCUAGUAGCAGAAACUACUAAAGGAUUUACUUUUUCAGCAGAGCAGGUAUCAAAUGUUGUAUCUAAUGGGGAUGAUCCUUCUAUUCCUGAAGACUUGGGAACUGCUGUAGCUCAUCGCUUACUUUAUGAAAUUUACUUUGGUGGAGUUAUAAACUCAAUUUCGCAGUCCUUAGCAAUCCUCUUUAUGGCCCUGGGAGACAAAGACGUAUCAAAAAUAGUAACGGGACCACUCACUGAGUAUUCCAUAUGGUUUCUGAGACACCUUAAAGACUUUUUUGGCGUUACCCUCAAGAUUGAGCCACAGGAAGAUGAAGAAAAUAGUGGUGAUGGAUCUGCAAAAGUUUUACUUACAUGUGUUGGGAUUGGUUAUACUAAUUUAAGCAAAAGGACAAUAUGAUACCUAUAGUUAUUGUUGAAGUAAAUUUUUGCAUAUAUGUA